AAGCCCAGAGUAACAGCAAUAACUGAGAUAACUGGCAAAUUGUUGUCGCAGAUACAUUGGAAUGAAACCCUAUCUCUUGCAAAAAAGAGAGAAUAAAUAUAACUAAUAGAUCGACUACGUUACAACUUGACACAAUGCUCCAUUGGAUUUAGUGAAAACGUUUCACACAAAUGUGUGAUGUACGCAAUAACGAAGGUAGAUAACCUUUGGAUACAAUGGUUCGUGGACGGUGGACGAACUUUGUUUCUGUUGUUAUAAAAGCCUGUGUGUUUCUAUGAUUUUAUUAAUGUAUGCAGAUGCAUACAAUGCAGUUGAAUGCAAGGUAAACCAAUAACUGAUUUAUGUUUAUGAUCCGCACAGGAUAUUGAUACAAAAAUUACUUUGAAGAGCUUGGGAAAUGUUCAUACAAAUAAGUACCUGACCGUUUAUAUAAUAUUGCGCUCAUGAUUUCGUUGUGAUCAAAAUGGGGUGUACGCAUUCAGACAGGAAAUGUUUCUAUAAAGAAUGCCACGCAGUGAUCAUGGACGGGAAACCAAACGCGCUGAACAGACCGGAAAUAACUGACGAGCAUAUAACGAUAGUUCGAGAAACAUGGAAUGUUAUCAAACUGGACAUAGCCCGAGUGGGGGUUGUGAUGUUCAUGAGACUGUUCGAGAAAUACCCCGACGUUCAGCAACUGUUCGUGCAUUUCCGGGGCCUUUCGGCGGAAGAGCUUCGUCACAACCGGAAGUUGCGCGACCACGGACUUCGCGUGCUCAACACACUGGAUAAAUGUAUAUCCCGAGUGGCCGAGACAGAGCGUCUGGAGAAGCUGCUGCUAGAACUGGGGCAGAAACACAACGUCUACAAUAUCAAAAUCGAAUACCUUUACCUGCUGGUGCCACAGUUACAGCAGGCGCUCAUGCCGGUACUUGGGGACAAGUGGACAUACUUGGUGGAGAGCUCCUGGUCCGCCUUCCUUAGGUACAUCAUACACAUUAUGGCGGAAGGCAUGAACAUAUAGAGCACUGUAUCUACAUCAUAGGGACGGGUAUAAAUACAGAGCAUACGCAUCACGGCGUAUGUGAACAUGUUCUUUGUCUAUGAGAGGACAGCUUACAGAUAUGCCGCGUUUUUGCGCUUCAGAUUGUGAAGUGUUCAUUUAAUUUUUGAAUCGUGUUUUUCUAUAUAAGAACAAUUAUGAUUUUUGUUGGAUGUGAAGUCCUCAAUUCUUGUUAUGCGUUAAAAAUGUUUGUCUGUGUAAAAUUUAUGUGUUUCGUCGUUAAAUGCUAUGUUGUUUUUAUUUUCCAUACAUAAUUCUUUGACAGUCUAUUAGGGCUAUACAUGUUAACAAUCUCUCAUUGAUGGCUGAACGUAUUUAGGAAAAUAUCGAGCAUGUAUGCUUGAAGAGUAAUGCAUGAGAACAUAACCUUAUUUGAUAUUUAAGUUUUAAAAUCACAAAAUAGUACGCGUUACACGCUAGAUGUUUGGUAUCUCUUUACACACCUGUGUUGAAGCAAUUCUAUCAUGACCCAACCGCCGCAUUAUGACAUGUAAUGCUAUAUAAUACGAAGGCAUUAGCAAAAUCUAUUAGUUGGAUGCUGUGUUUGUAAUUUCUUAAAUGCCCCAACUGAGCAAGACUUUAAAAAUACAUAUUCAUAAUUUUAAUGUAUGUUAAUCCGUAAUUACAUAUGGUAGUUGAUAUGUUACCACUCGUCCCAGUGUAUUUGCCGGUUUUAAGAAGGUCGCCAUCACCCCAAUACGAAAUAGCAACAAAUUUAUCCACCAAAAGGACUCAAAGCCCUUUUUCGUGCUGGCGGGUAUGUUUAUCGUUCUGGCGUGGUGUCGUAUAUGCUCGAAAGAACGAUACAACGGGCGCAAAUACGACAAUUAUGAUUUGUGUUUCCCUUUGUGUCGUUCGGAUGGGUAUAGUUAUCGCUCUUGCGUAUUGUCGAGUUGGCGACCUUCAAAUUCGUUAACAUGCAAACUCGUUCUAGCGUGAACUAUAUGAUAGAAAACAGCUCCCAUUUAAACAUUCCUUUACCUACAUACAAUGGAAGUAUAAUUUGAUUAUAUGUUUGUUGCUAACGUGAUAUGGACAAACUGCAAAUUGAAUAAAAAUGAUAUGUUUAUCUG